AUGAGCGGACGACCUGCUGAUGGUAGUGCUGGGGGCCCAAUCAACAUUACACAACUCCCUCUUGAGCAGCUGGAGGAACUGCGCAAACAACUGCAGUUAGAAGUCAACAGUCUCUCCACCGCCUACGACAGUCUAAACAGCGCGAGUGCCCGUUUCCUCAGCAACCGCGAUGUCCUCCGCGAGUAUGAGGCCGUCUGCGGGGCCCCCAAGUCAGGAGAAGAAAAAGAAGAAAAGGAAGAGGAGGGACUUGUGUGUGUGAGCAGCGCCCUUUACGCCCGGGCCCGGCUGGUGCGCAGCGGGCGGGUGCUGGUCGACGUCGGCACGGAUUAUUUCCUCGAGAGGCCGCUGGAGGCCGCCACGGCGUACUUCGCCACCCGCGCGGAGGCCGUGCGGGGAAACAUGGACGCCCUCGAGCAGAAACUGCGGGUGGCGCAGACACAUCUCUCGCAGGUCGUCGACACCAUGCGGGGACGACAGGCCCAACAGCAACAGCAGCAGGAGGCAGCAGCGGCAGCGGCGUGA